UUUUGAAAAUUCAAAGUGAAAAAGAUGUUUAGUGAUUGUCAACUAUUUUCAUCCAUGGGGAUGGGAGGAAAUAAUAAUAAUAAUGUUUCUUCCGAUACACUCUACUCUUCCUCGAUCCAAAACCCUAAUUUCAACUUCAUGAAUAUGGGAGGAAAUAACUUGCCUUUCAACAUUUUUUCUCCCAAUAUCAUUCCAAAGGAAGAAAAUGGAUUAUUCAAAAGCAAGGAAGAAAUGGAUAGUGGUUCAGGAAGUGAACAUAUUGAAGGAAUGUCUGGAAAUGAACUCGAACCCGAACAACAACAACAACAGCAACAACAAGCGGGAAAGAAGAAACGUUAUCAUAGACACACUGUUCGUCAGAUCCAAGAAAUGGAAGCGUUAUUUAAGGAAUGUCCACAUCCAGAUGACAAGCAAAGGCUUAAAUUAAGCCAAGACCUUGGCCUUAAACCACGUCAAGUCAAAUUCUGGUUUCAAAAUCGAAGAACUCAAAUGAAGGCUCAACAAGACCGAUCAGAUAAUGUGAUACUUAGAGCUGAGAAUGACAAUUUAAAGAAUGAGAAUUAUCGACUGCAAGCAGCUCUACGCAGUAUUAUGUGCCCUACUUGUGGAGGUCCUGCCAUGCUUGGAGAAAUGGGAUAUGAUGAACAACAACUCCGCCUCGAAAAUGCCCGUCUCAAAGAAGAGUUUGAGAGAGUAUGUUGCCUUGUAUCUCAAUACAAUGGCCGCGGACCAAUGCAAGGACUAGGAGCACCAAAUCCACUUCUUCCACCAUCAUUGGAACUCGAUAUGUCCAUUAAUAAUUUCUCAAGUAAAUUUGAGGACCAGCCAAACUGCACGGAUAUGGUUCCUGUUCCAUUACUCAUGCCUGAUCAAAACAACUCUCAAUUCUCCGGUGGUCCAAUGAUCUUGGAAGAAGAAAAAUCUCUUGCUAUGGAACUCGCUCUUUCAUCUAUGGAUGAAUUAGUUAAGAUGUGCACAAGCUCUGACCCGCUCUGGAUUAGGGCUUCUAAUGAUUCUGGAAAAGAAGUGCUUAAUGUUGAAGAAUAUUCUAGAAUGUUCCCAUGGCAUGUUGGAGUCAAGCAGAAUGGCAAUGAGCUUAAAAUUGAAGCAACUCGUAGCAGCGCUGUUGUUAUUAUGAAUAGUAUCACUCUCGUUGAUGCCUUCUUGGAUACAAAUAAAUGUAUAGAGCUUUUUCCAUCUAUCAUUUCUAGAGCCAAAACAAUUCAAGUUGUAACUUCAGGAGUUUCUGGACAUGCCAGUGGUUCUCUUCAAUUGAUGUUUAUGGAAAUGCAAGUUUUGACACCCUUAGUGUCAACAAGAGAAUGUUAUUUCCUGCGUUAUUGCCAACAAAAUGUGGAGGAAGGGAGUUGGGCAAUUGUUGAUUUUCCACUUGAUAGUCUUCACAACAAUUUCCCACCACCUUUCCCUUAUUUCAAGAGAAGGCCUUCUGGAUGCAUCAUUCAAGACAUGCCCAAUGGAUACUCCAGGGUUACAUGGGUUGAACAUGCUGAGGUGGAGGAAAAUCCAGUGAAUCAAAUAUUUAAUCACUUUGUUACAAGUGGAGUGGCAUUUGGAGCACAAAGAUGGUUAUCAAUUUUGCAAAGACAAUGUGAAAGGCUUGCUAGUCUUAUGGCUAGAAAUAUAUCUGACCUUGGAGUGAUACCAUCUCCUGAAGCGCGAAAGAGCUUGAUGAAUUUGGCACAAAGGAUGAUCAAGACAUUUUGUAUGAACAUAAGCACUUGUUGUGGACAAUCAUGGACAGCUCUUUCUGAUUCUCCUGAUGAUACUGUUAGAAUCACUACUAGAAAAGUUACGGAACCAGGACAACCUAAUGGACUAAUUCUUAGCGCGGUUUCAACUUCUUGGCUUCCAUAUAAUCAUUUCCAGGUCUUUGAUCUCUUGAGAGAUGAACGUCGAAGAGCUCAGUUGGAUGUACUUUCAAAUGGGAACUCAUUACAUGAAGUGGCUCAUAUUGCAAAUGGUUCACAUCCAGGGAAUUGCAUCUCUCUUCUUCGAAUUAAUGUGGCUAGCAAUUCAUCCCAAAGUGUAGAGCUAAUGCUACAAGAGAGUUGCACGGAUGAUUCAGGCAGCCUGGUGGUCUACACCACUGUAGACGUGGACGCGAUCCAGCUAGCCAUGAACGGGGAGGAUCCAUCGUGCAUCCCUCUUCUUCCCUUAGGGUUUGUCAUAACACCAAUCAAUAACGGACAAGCCAAUAUUAACAACUGUGACAACAACGUCUCAGGUACUGAGGCUAAUUCAUCUCAAUCUUCCGAAAAGAGGCAGAACUUGUCGUCAGUUCAAGAGUAUUCAGGAGGUUGCCUACUCACCGUUGGAUUACAAGUCCUCGCCAGCACGAUCCCAAGUGCAAAGCUCAAUCUCUCUAGCGUCACUGCUAUUAACCAUCAUUUAUGCAACACCGUACAACAAAUCAAUGCUGCACUUGUUGCUUUUUACCCCGACACAGAGAUAACUGCACCAUCAUCAUCACCACCACAACAACCAGAGUCGUCCAAGCAAGUGGACGAAAACUCAAAUUCCUAAUUACCCAAAACCUCCCUCUAACAAAACUUAUUUUUUGUAAGG